AUGUCUGGAUUCAGUUUUGGAGGACAGUCUUCGGCGCCGAGUGGCGGCUUCUCUUUUGGAAAUAACAGCAAUAGCACGAACAACAGCGCAGGUAACACCGGUGCCGGGUUUUCGUUUGGAAAAAGUGCGUCGACCGGGUUUGGCAACACCGGUGGAUUUUCACUGGGUGGAAACACCACGCAGAACUCUUCCACGCAGAACGCCGCCCCGGGGGCCACCGGCUCGACGGGGGGCACAGGGUUCAUGUUUGGAAAUACUGGCAACACUAAUUCCGGCACAACAGCGCCAAGCGGGCCGGGCAAUCUUUUUGGCAAUACAAACAGCUCUGGCACCGGACAGAGUCUAUUUGGCAACAGCAGCAAGCCACAGACUACAACGGGAACCAAUCUCUUUAGCGCAAACAACCAAAGCGGAACCACGGGCGGUGGGUUCUCGUUUGGAACCAACGCCGGAUCCAAUACAGCCACUACUGGAGGUACUUCCCUGUUUGGUGGUAACUCUCAACCCGCGCAACAGACGCAGAAUACACAGCCCACACAGAGCCAGCCCGCUUUUAAUUCCCAGCCCUCCUUUGCAUGGUCCAGUCAGCAAUCGCAGCAGCAAAGUUUGCAUCCGAUGGUUGUAGAAGCACAAAAGGUCAACCAACAGCAAAAUCAGCAGCAGAACGGAUACACGCCGACGAUUGCGGACCAGCUGACCAAAGUGAAGAACUCGUGGGAUGCAAACUCCAACCAGUGCCUGAUGAAAACGUUCGUGUACAACAAAGUGCCGCAAGAGUAUAACAACUACGAGCGGCCUGCCGACGAGUCUGCUGAGGACUGGGAGAACGCGAUGAAAUUGCGCCCGCGCGGUUACAACACGCUGCCCGUUAGAAUCAAGGGAUUUGAGGAUCUGCUGAACAGGUCCAACUUACAAAUAGAACAUAUCCGCAAGUCGAGAGUUCUUCUCAAUAACAUCAAUUCUAACCUCGUGAAUCUUGGCGACAAGCACGAUCUGGACUCGUUGAGCAGACUGACGCAGUGCAAGAUCAAGCAGAAACAGUUGGAUCUCAAAUUGCUGAGGAUUGCCAUCAACUUGACGGUGCUAAAAUAUAAAGGCUACCAGCUGACCAACGACGAGGAGAAACUAAUAUCGCAGUUCAAGGAGCUGGUCAAGUCUGUGGACGACCCAAUAGGCCUGAACCGGUCGAACGAGCUGUGGGCCAGACUGAGCAAUUUGAAGCAGCGACUGAUCAACCUGAACAUCAGCUUGGAGAACAUAGAUGCGUCGAUGGCAGUUGCUGCCAACGGCGCCGUGUCGAAGUCGCAUGUUUCGAACGACGAGCAGGUGAUCAACAAGCUUGUCAGCAUUUUGUCCAAGCAGCAGCAGGGCAUACAGUACCUGUAUGACCUGAUUGAGAACGACAAGGAAGUGGUCAAGAAGCUGGCUAAAUAG